AUGGCCGGUCCUUAUGUAUUCUUCGACAUCACCAUUGGUGGUCGUCCCUCUGGGCGCAUUGCUAUGAGGCUCUACACCGAUGUCACCCCCAAAACCGCAGAGAACUUCCGCGCCCUUUGCACUGGCGAGGAGGGCAACGGCAAGCUGGGAAAGCCCCUCCACUACAAGGGCUCCAUUUUCCACCGCAUCAUCAAGAACUUUAUGAUCCAGGGCGGUGACUUCACUGAGGAACUGGCACAGGCGGCGAAUCCAUCUAUGGCGAGAAGCACCAACGGCUCCCAGUUCUUCAUCACGACAGUACCCACCCCUCACCUUGAUGGAAAGCACGUCGUGUUCGGCGAAGUCCUCAAAGGAAAGUCUCUUGUCCGUAAGAUCGAAAACAUACCCACCACCCCAGGCGACAACCCCGAAAAGCCCGUCGUGAUCGCCGACUGCGGCGAGCUCUCCGAAGCCGAAUAUGCUGCUCUAGACGAAGCUGGUCCCGCCGACGCUUAUGGCGACCAAUACCAGGACUACCCCGAUGACCUUGCCGAGGCCCCUUCCGCCAGCGAGGUCGCCAAGAUCGCUGCUGAUUGCAAGAACUUUGGCACCGCCGCCCUCAAGGCGGGUGACCUCCAGGCCGCCAUUGACAAGUAUGAAAAGGGCCUCCGCUACCUCAACGAGGACCCCGAUCUCUCCAAGGAGUCGGAUUCUUUCAAGCAGGACCUUGACAAGCUCCGGUUCACCCUGAACAACAACACUGCUUUUGUCCACCUCAAGCUCGCCUCUUGGUCCGAUGUCGUCUCCUCCGCCUCGAGUGCCCUCGCCAUGAAGGACCCCUACGGCGUCGUUACCGCCGCUGACAGGACGAAGGCUCUGUACCGCAGGGGCGUCGCCCACCUAAACCUCAGGGACGACGACAGCGCCCUCGAAGACCUUAGCGAAGCCUACAAGCUCUCUCCCAAGGAUGCUGGUGUCAUUAAGGAGUACACGGCCCUCAAGAAGAAGCACGAUGAGAAGAAUAAGAAGCUGAGCGCCGCGUACAAAAAGUUCUUCACCGAUUAA